AUGUUAAUAAACGCCACUUCACCUAGGAUAGCAAUACUUUGUCGUGCAUUUGCUUCAAAUUUUAUAAAGAUGGGCAUCUUUUGUGAAAUGAAUCUGUUCAAACCAUCCGACGGAGCUUAUCAUCCAGGUCAAGUAGUGUCAGGAAAAAUUAAAUAUGCAGUAGAUGAGCCCAUGGAAUUUGACAAGAUCACGACGUCCCUUAAAGGAAAUGGUUAUGUGAUUAUAAGAGUCAGACACGGGAAUAAUCGGAGGAAUAGAACCUAUAGAAGUAAUGAAGUUUACGUCGAUAGAGACAUUAUAAUUCAAGACACAAAAGUUGAAGUGCCCGUUGGUUGCUACGAAAUUGACUUCAGUUUCACUUUACCUAUGGAGCUUCCAUCAAGCUUAAACAUCCGAACAUUUUAUGGAAGAUAUAACAUAACAUGUAGAAUAAUAUACUAUAUUCGCAUAAAGUUUGAAAGACCUGGAUUUUUCGCCUUCAACAAACAUUUUAAGAAAGAAAUUACUGUCAUUUCUGGAGGAGUACCAAAGUUAUCAAGAGAACCCGUUAUUUAUGGAGAUACUAAGAAGGUAAUGAGUAUAUGUUCCUGUAAAACCAGCAAUAUAAAUAUCAAAGCAACUAUUUUAAACUCGGUUAUACCACUUGGAGGCAAAAUUAUACUGAAUUACGAAGUUGAGAAUAAAAGCAAUGUACUAGUGAAAAGUGUUGAAACGAAAUUGGUUGAAAUACAUACAUUUAAAGCUGCAGGAUAUAGUAAUGUCAAGAUUGAAAAAGAUAUACCAGACACUGAUUGUAAGACUUCCGCCGUCAACUGUGGAGACACUCAAAGAAUGCCUGUAGAAAUAAAUGUUUUAUCUGAUAUACAUUCUUUAGCAAAUGCUACAAUAGUAUUAAGAGAUUAUUUUGUUAGAAUUGUUGUUCAGUUACCAAUACCACACAUAAAUGCGGUGCUAGAUGUUCCUGUGCAGAUAGGAGCGAUUGACAGUGAAAGUACAGCUGGGGCUGCAUUCCAACCAAUUUCAGAUGAUAAUGUACCUUCUAUUGAUCCACCGCCAUCGUACUGGGAAGCUAUGGGUGAAACCAAGAAGGAAGAUGACGAUAUUACUGAUGAUGAGAAUGACAAUGACAAAGGAAAAUAA